AUGAAUUUCCAAAUUGCUAGGUUUGGGUCACGUUUGUUCGGCACAGGUCUGGACAAGAUUCGAAACAUAGGAAUCAUAGCUCAUAUCGAUGCGGGGAAAACUACCACGACUGAAAGGAUGCUGUAUUACAGCGGGUCCAUCUCCAAACUUGGUGAUGUAGACCAAGGAGACACAGUUACCGACUAUCUGGAAACAGAAAGAAACAGAGGCAUUACUAUUCAAUCCGCUGCAGUUACGAUUCCCUGGAACAAGUACAAAAUUAAUCUUAUUGAUACUCCUGGUCAUUCUGAUUUCACUUUUGAGGUUAUACGAUCGCUUCGAGUUUUAGACGGAGUUGUGACCAUUUUAGAUGCUGUAGCAGGAGUAGAGGCUCAAACUGAAAAGGUGUGGAAGCAAGCAAAGGAUAUGAAUAUCCCUUCCAUAGUUUAUAUUAACAAAAUGGACAGAGACGGUGCAAAUUUUAACAUGACUGUGCGUCAAAUAGUAUCCAAACUGGCAACUAGGGUUGUGCUGUGCAACAUACCGUACUUUGUGAAUGACCUGAAAACCCAAAGCCAUCGAUUUGUCGGAGUAGUGGAUAUUUUUGAGGGCACCUUGCUCAAAUAUCACGAGAACGACGAUGGAAACGACGUCCAGGUAAUACCGUUAAAUGAACUAUCAGAAUUCAAGGACUCUGAGCAAGUGAAUCAAGAUGUAAUGAAACUUAGAGAAGCUGCUAUAGAGACUCUAGGCGAGUUUGAUGACCGAAUUGUCGAUUCUUACUUAGAAACGGAAGACUAUAUGAAAGUCCCUACUUACAUUCUACACGAAGCGUUAGCUAAAGCAACAAUUUCACAGGAUGUGGUUCCCAUAUUCUGUGGAUCAUCCUUCAAGAAUAUUGGCGUUCAGCCCCUUAUGGAUGGUGUAUCACUCUACUUGCCCAAUCCUGGUGAAGCUCAAAAACCCUCGGUCUAUUCACCAGUCGCAUCCGUUCCUGUCAAAAUUGACCCCAAAUCUGGUUGUCUGAUCAACAAUAACAAGAAUCUUUGUGUCGCCUUUGCUUUCAAAGUUAUCACUCAUCCUACAAGAGGACUUUUGACUUUUGUCAGAGUUUACUCAGGAAUUUUGAAAUCUAACAGCAAAGUUAUAAAUACUCAGACCGGGGACAAGUUCAACAUUGGAAAGUUGAUGGUAAUGCAUGGUGAUAAGCCCCAUGAUGUGGACCAGCUUGGCGUGGGAAACAUUGGAGUUAUUUCAAUCAACGUUGAAAAUAAAAGAAUUUCCACUGGUGACACCUUAGUUUGUCAUACACUUAAAAAGUCUGCGGAUGGGCUUCAUAAGAAUGAAAAACGUUUGAAGUUAUUACCCAUUGAGGUGCCUCCUCCCAUGUUUUCGGUUUCUUUACAACCAAUGACAGCAGGAGACCGAAGAGGCUUGGAUCAAUCACUGAACACUCUGCUAAUGGAAGAUCCCAGUCUUCAUGUCCAUGUGGACGAAGAUUCUGGUCAGACAAUUCUUUCCGGAAUGGGAGAACUUCACUUAGAUAUUGCUACCACCAGGCUCAGAGAUGACUUGGGUGCCCGAAUGGAAAUAGGUAAAGUCAUGAUCAAUUACAAAGAAACUAUCUUGAAACCCACUACUCCCGUGGCUAAAAGUAUCGAAGACUCGGCUUUCAAGAAAGGCCACUUUGAGAUUACCCUGUCAUUAGAUUCUUUUCAAGGAAAACCAGAAGACACUGGGCUAAUCAGAAAAGAUUCAGAGGGUGCGGUUUUGCUGAAUGAUAAUAAUUUGGUCAUUUUUGAACAAGACUGUGAGCCUGACUUUAUUCUUGAGAGGGUAAAGAGGGUCUCGAGGGGAGAUCAAGACUGGGACCUUCCUAUGACCAUGGAGAAUAUUCAAAACACAAUCCUUUCAAGUAUUGCAGCUUCCUUACAAGUAGGUGGUCCAGUAGCUGGACUAUCCAUGCAUUCAAUGAUUGUUCGGGUCCAUAAAUGGGAAAUUCCGCAAGAUUUUGACAAAAUCUCCAGUCUGGUAACCCUCAUAAGACAAGCCAUAUCAACGUCUAUUGGCCAACUUAGUGAAAAGCAAACGACUCUAAUGGAGCCAAUCAUGGAUGUCGCAGUGCAUGUUGGGGACUCAGAUCUGGGUACAGUCUCCCAAGAUCUUUCUACAGCGCGUGCCGCACAGGUUCAUUCAAUUGAUGAUGAACUCGAUUCUACUAGUAGCGAGAAGUUAUAUUGGGCCAAGGAUCUAGCUGAGAACAUACCGCUGCCUCAAGAUCCAGCAGAUCUAGCUUCUGGGAGACACAGCUCCCCCAUAUCGGGCCGUAAAGUUGUCAAAGCUAUUACCCCAUUGAGAGAAAUGAUGGGCUACCUUCCGAAGUUGAAAAGUCUCACUCGAGGCCAUGGAUCAUAUGACAUGGUCUACUCAGGAAUGCAAAGAGUUUCGCCUGAGCGUCUGAAGGUUAUUUUGGACGAGUAA